AUGAUUGAUGUCGAAAUUGACGGUCAUGGCCUACGCAUGGAGCUGGAUACCGGAGCACCCUGCGGUAUUAUCGCUGAAUCCAAACUGAGAGGCAUCAAACCAAAGUACUCGCUGCUAAGAACGGACAGGAAAUUUUCAAGCUACACCGGACACCCUAUCAAUUGCCUAGGACGCCUUCCUGUGAACGUAACCGUCGGAACGACAAACCGCCGGUUGAAUCUAUACGUGGUAGCCGGAGAGUCAGAUUCACUCUUUGGUCGUGAGUGGAUUUCCCAAUUCGUGGAGCAAAUCAACCUGAAUCGGCUGUUUUCCGAACCGAUCAAUUCAAUUAACAGCUCGGAACUGACAGCGGACCAAACUACCCGCCUUUCGAGCCUGUUAGACGGCUUUGCAGAUGUGUUCAGCGAUGUUCCAGGUAAGUUAGUGGGACCUCCUGCCAAGGUCCAUCUGAAAUCCGACGUAUCUCCUGUGUUCGUCAAAGCCCGGGAUGUGCCACACGCUCUGCGUGAGCGAUAUGCAGCUGAGAUAGACAAGAAACUGGCAUCUGGAUUCUUCGAGAAGGUGGAUUGCUCCGAGUGGUCAUCCCAGACUCACAUCGUAGUGAAGAAAAAUGGAGACUUGCGAAUCACCGGAAACUACAAACCCACUGUCAACCCGAGAAUGAUAGUGGACGAGCAUCCCAUACCAAAAAUCGAAACGAUUUUCAACAAGAUGAACGGAGCUACAGUUUUCUGCCAUCUCGACGUAACCGAUGCCUAUACCCAUCUGCCAAUCGAUGAGGAGUUCAGCCACAUACUGACGCUGAACACAGCGACGCACGGACUAAUUCGUCCAACUCGUGCAGUAUAUGGAGCGGCAAACAUUCCAGCAAUCUGGCAGCGGCGUAUGGAGUCGAUUUUCCAGGGGUUGGACAACGUUGUCGUCAGCUUCUACGACGAUAUCAUCGUGUUCGCAAAAGAUUUCGAAAGCCUUCUCCAAGCGCUAACGGUCAUACUGGACAGGCUGAGACUUCACGGACUGCGACUAAACCGAUCGAAAUGCGUGUUCGCCGCGUCAUCCCUGGAUUGCUUGGGUCACAAGAUAGAUCGCCACGGAUUGCACAAAUCAGAUAAGCACGUAGAAGCCAUCCGAGAUGCACCUCGACCAACGACACCGGAGGAACUGCAACUUUUCUUAGGUAAGGCAACUUAUUACAAUGCUUUCAUUCCGAACCUCUCUGAAAGGGCAAGAAGCCUACGCGACAUGCUUCUUGCUGACGCAUUCGAAUGGACACCCCAGGCCUCCAAGGCCUACCUGGACUUGAAGGAAGUAUUGACGUCACCCCAGGUACUGAUGCAAUAUGAUCCGUCUCUACCGCUGGUCCUAGCAACGGAUGCGAGCAAAACGGGUCUAGGUGCCGUAUUAUCACACCGGUUGAGUAACGGGUUGGAGCGACCAAUUGCAUAUGCCAGCACAACCAUGUCAAGUACGGAACAACGUUACCCCCAAAUAGACAAGGAAGCACUCGCGAUAGUGUGGGCGGUAAAGAAAUUCUUCCACUACUUGUAUGCCAGGAAGUUUACGCUGAUCACAGAUCACAAGCCGCUGUCACAGAUCCUGCACCCAGAGAAGUCACUUCCGGCAUUGUGUAUUAGUCGGAUGGCAAAUUAUGCGGAUUACCUGGCGCAUUUUGACUUCGAUAUAGUGUACAAGCCGACAAAGCAACAUACGAAUGCCGAUUAUUGUUCCCGUAUACCGACCAGAGAGACAUUCGGAAUCAACUCCCUGAAAGCGCAGGAAGGAGGAAAUGUGGAUGAUUUCGAAGGUUUUGCUCUACAUCAAAUUCAGCAGCUUCCUGUACGAGCAGAACACAUUGCCCGAGAAACGCGCAAAGAUGGUCACCUUGGAAAACUCGUUCAACUUCUAGAAACAGGUCGCGAUCUCUCCCAAUGCGGCUAUAAAUCCCCGGAAGACAAAUACACCCUAGCAGCAAAUUGUCUUCACUUCGAGCACAGAGUAGUAAUUCCGCUUUCGCUUAGGCAGCCGAUAUUGAACGACCUGCAUGUUGCACAUCUGGGAGUGGUAAAAAUGAAGAGUCUGGCUCGAUCCUUCGUAUAUUGGCCAGGCAUCGAUUCCGACAUCGAACGGGCAUGUAGCGAGUGCGCACGACAUGCACCCGCGCCGCCAACGUUCAGCAGACACCAUUGGGAGUACCCAAAAGGACCGUGGGAGCGUAUUCAUAUUGAUUACGCGGGCCCAGUGGCGGACACGAUGCUGCUGAUAAUCGUCGAUGCUUACAGCAAGUGGGUAGAAGUCAAGGUCACUUCGUCAACAACGACAGCCGCUACGAUCACUAUCCUCGAUGAACUUUUCGCUGCUUACGGUGCACCUACGACGCUGGUAUCGGACCACGGUCCACAGUUUACCGCUUCCGAGUUCAAGCAGUUCCUUCAGAUGAGCGGCGUUAAAUUCCACAAGCUUUCUGCUCCCUACCAUCCGGCCACCAACGGCCAGGCUGAGCGUACCAACAUCCGGACGCGGCUGGACUUGGUGAGACCAUUGGACGCAAGCAAGAGAAUCACGGAGAAGCAAAAAUCAAAUUUCGACUCGACGUUCCGGUGCUUCAAUCCAGGACAGAAUGUAUACUUUCUUUCAGGAAAUGGACGCAUGGACAAGUGGAUUCCCGGUACGGUUACCGAACAGCUGGGAGAUUUGCACUACAGAAUCGAUUACAACGGAAAACUCGUAAAACGUCACGUAGACCAAAUUCAACGUUUCCUCGGCGACGACCAAAACAACAAACCACCCACACCGUCGGUACGGUCGGCGUCGGCGUCGGCACCGCUCGUUUCUCAAAAUGGAUCAACGUCAGAUGAACAAAAAGGUAUGCUGAGUCGACGGGUGCGUUACUAUGAGGAUGCGAUGACGUCACAAAAUCAACCGCCAGACGCUGCUGACCGAAAUGAAUUUUCAGUUGCGUCAGGAUCGCCGGAGGCACACUUUUCAACACCGUGUGGCACUCCGGAACAUCCACGGGAGAAGCCCAACCAACAAAGAGACCAGCCCAAGGGCUGUUAUGCGCCUCCGUGGUGGCCGUUCGAGCUGUUCACGCAGAUGUUGGACUAA